AUGUGGAUUUCUGGAGAUGAUCAUAGCCAUGAUCAACCCGGAGCGCCGCUGGUCCGCUGGAGUAGAAAUUCAGAGGUAGUGCCCAUAGAUGGAGCCUUUCCAACUACCUCUACAGCUACACCUAAUGUUGGUAACCUCAGUGUUACCAAGUCCUCCCGCGUUCACAUUGGACCAAAGUUUGUUUCUGUAACGCAAAAUCUACAAAACACCGAGGUGGUUAAAGAUAUGCCCUUUCCUGUGUACGUGUGGUAUAUUGUGAGGAACAGCUCCCGAGCCGAGAAACUCUCCUGCCUUGUUGCUCUCCUGGUACUGAUCACAUGUGUCACACUGAUUGUUUACUUUGCGGUGAAUGCCUCAAAUAACCCGGAGGACUAUAUAGACGUCGAUCCACACGAAUGGAACAUAACACGACAGAUGUGGUUGGCGCAAAAUUUUACUGGGCAGGCCACAACAGAGCGCUACGAUCCCUUGAGACUGGUUAUAAUCCAGCACACCGUCAGUCCUGAAUGCUCGCGGUUCGUUCUUUGUGCGGCAGAAUUACGCACCAUGCAGUCUUGGUAUAUAAAGUACUACAACUAUGACAUUCCCUACAACUUCAUAAUUGGUAACGAUGGACGAGUGUACGAGGGACGAGGAUGGGGAAAACCAGGAGCUCAUGCCCUAACUUACAAUGGUUGCUCUUUGGGCAUCGCUUUCAUUGGGGACUACCGAGAAGAAUUGACAGUCCAUUCUCGCGUAACGGAAUUGCAAGUCAAAAGAGCUAAGAUGCUCCUUGAAGAAGGUGUUAAACGUGGUUUCCUGGACCCGGACUAUUCUGUACUUGGUGCCAAAGAUUUAAUUGCAACGGCUAGUCCUGGAUCAAACCUAUACAAUGCCAUCCGUGAAUGGGAACAUUACGACCACGUUAAUAAAUGGCAAAAUAACACCUGUGACAAAAUGUACGGAUUUCUACCAGUUUCUUAG